GUAGGAUUUUUGUAAUGAAUUGUUAAAUUCUGGUCAUGCGGAUGGUUGAUAUGUGAUUUGGUUAAAGCACUCCAAGUUUCCAUAUCUUAUCAUUAUAAUUACAGGAUAGAAAUGCUUAGUAAAUGGCAAUUAUGAGGUCAUAUAUUACACAAUCUGCCUUAAUCGCAAAGAAAUAAAGCAAUUAAUUCCUUCUCUCCCACUCUUAUGAAAAUGGAGAAUUUUCCUAUGUAAUAAAAACAUCAAUAGUCGGACUUCACAGCAGUUAUUGCUGUUCUUUCCACUUCCAAUAAGGGAGAACCUUGUUGUGCCAUGGUUUUACUGCAUCAGUCUGGACAGGUCAUGCAGUCCAUCAAGGGCUACCCAACUUCAGGAACUAUGCAUCAGAUGUAUCCACAAGGACAACCUCUAAUGAUCAAGCAUUACAGCCCAAUCUCAUCCUUUCCAAGGAAGGAGAAUACAUUACAUGCAGCCCAGAAGCACCGCCUGGCAGAGCAGAGCAGAAGAAACAGAAUCAGCGGCCAAUAUGACACCCUCCGUGCCAUCCUUCCCAGCAUAUACAAAACGGAUAUGAGUAAGAUCAAAAAGGCUUUUGUGCUUUCUGAGACAAUCCGUCUGGUGAAGGAGUUUAAGAAGCUUGUAUCAGAAAAGAGAGCAGCUAAUCGUGAAGUCAGGGAUUGCGGGAUACCUAGUGGGGCAGAUAGAUUGAGCUUAGAACACUGUGAUGGUGGUGAAGGGAUGGUGAAGGCUGUAAUGAGCUGCGAGGACAGGCCGAACAUUAUGGCAGAAUUGGCAAAAGCACUGAAAACGGUGAAAGUGAAGCUGGUGAGAGCUGAAAUUGUGACUAUGGGUGGAAGGAACAAGUUUGCUCUGUGGAUGCAAGGGCCUAAAGAAGGACUUGGCGUGCUUAAGAGGGUUUUGGAGGCUGUUAUGAGGAGGCCUUCAUGGACAGCUAGAAAACACAGAAGUUCUUGGCAUUCCCGAGCCUCAAAGUAACAUAAUUACCCGUUUGUAAUUAGUUGUGAUGGCCUUUCUAGAACCAUCCAUCCCUCUAAUCAAUACGUCUGGACAUGAUAGGUGAAGUAUACGUACUUGCUGACCUUUUUUCUUCUUAUCUUCCUAGUUCCUCUGUAAUUCAAUGUUUCCAGAGAUGGUAAUUUGGAUUUUAUAGCAAAGAAACUUCGAAUGAAAAGCUUAAUUGAUAUUACAGGUUA